AAUCCGGCUCCUGCCGUCGAGCCGCCGCUCCUGCUGCUGCUUGGGGAAGAGGAGGAAACAUGAGCUCCAGGAAAGUGAUGGCCAUCCAGGCCAGGAAAAGGAGGCCGAAGGGGAAGAAAGACAGAACGGGUCACAAUCGGAGGCCUGAGACCCAGCAGAAAGCCCCGGUGAGCGCACCUCCUCCCCCGCCGCCCCCUCCGCCUCCCCCUGAGCCGGCAGGGCCCCCAGAGCCGGAGGAGGAGAUCCUGGGCUCCGACGAUGAGGAGCAGGAGGACCCCGCAGACUACUGCAAAGGAGGGUACCAUCCGGUGAAGAUCGGGGAUUUGUUCAACGGGAGGUACCAUGUGAUCAGGAAGUUGGGAUGGGGCCACUUCUCCACCGUAUGGCUAUGCUGGGACAUACAGGUGAAGAACUUUGUGGCGAUGAAGGUGGUGAAGAGCGCCCAGCAUUACACGGAGACGGCCCUGGAUGAGAUCAAACUGCUGCGAUGUGUGAGAGAGAGCGACCCCAGCGACCCCAACAAGGACAUGGUGGUUCAGCUGAUAGAUGACUUCAAGAUCUCUGGAGUCAACGGCAUACAUGUGUGUAUGGUGUUUGAGGUGCUAGGUCACCACCUGCUGAAGUGGAUUAUUAAAUCCAACUACCAAGGUCUGCCGCUGCCAUGUGUCAAGAGCAUUAUCAGACAGGUCCUGCAGGGUCUGGACUACCUCCACACUAAAUGUAAAAUCAUCCACACGGACAUCAAGCCAGAGAACAUCCUGAUGUGUGUGGACGACGCCUUCGUUAGGCGUAUGGCCAUGGAGGCAACUGAAUGGCAGAAAGCUGGAGCGCCCCCACCGUCUGGAUCAGCAGUUAGCACAGCCCCUCAGCUCAAACCGGUGGGGAAGAUCUCCAAGAACAAGAAGAAGAAGCUGAAGAAGAAACAGAAGCGGCAGGCGGAGCUGCUGGAGAGACGGAUGCUUGAGAUCGAAGCCCUGGAGAGGGAGGCCGAGAAGAGGGAGGAGAGAGCCAAAGAAGGGGGAGAGAAAGGGGAGUGUGAAAACAACCCGUCCUCACCGCUGCAGCCGCCGCCGCCGCCGGGCCCCAGCAUGGCGCUGGGAGAGAGCGACGAGGAUGACGACGAUGAGGAGGAUGGGGAGGAGGAAGAGGAGGAGGGAGGAGAGAGGCCCAUCAGGUUGACUAAUCACACAUGCGCAGCGCCUCCCCAGGAGCAGAGCGAGGCACCCCACAUCACUGAUGACGACCCCGAUGAGGAGGUGGAAGAGGAGGAGGAAGAGGAGGAGGAGGAGGUGGUGGAGGAGCAGCCCGCGUCUACAGCUGAAAAAGAUACCCCCAUUUCCCCCGCCACAGAAGAAGGCAAUGGAGAUGCAACACAAGCAGAGCCAAAGAGUGAGAGCAAAACAGAGGAGGAGGAGGAGGCAGUGGUAGAGGAAGAGGAGUCAAAGGAGCAGGAGGGAGAGGGCGAGGAGGAUGAGGAGGAGGAGGAGGAGGAGGAGGAGGAGGACGAGGAAGACGACGAUGACGACACGACCACGGAGCUCCUCACGGACACCACCUCCCCCCCCAUCAAACCCCACAACAACAAAAGCUAUUCGGCCAAAACCAACGGUCACGUUUUGUUGGGGUCUGAGGGACUGAAACCGAACCCCGGCACUCCUCCACCUCCCUCGCCCACCCCCGAGCCUCUCCUCUGCCCCCUGGUGGAAUCCGAGCUCAGCUACACGGACAGGGACAACUCUCUCAGCUCUGGAUACGAGAUGUAUAACGGUGAGCUGGCCGAGCCGGGGCUGACCAACGGCUCCAGUGACCGAGAUCGGCUCAUGAUGCCCCUCUUCCCCGACCUGCCCCUGGAUCCUGUGCCGGGAAACCCCAUUUCUGUUGGGACGGCAGACAUUGGAGCAGGCCCGUUGCCCAACAGUCCAACCGCUGACCGCAGCCGCACUGUGUCAUCCUCGAGCACAGGAGACACACCCAAAGUCAGGGCCAGAGCUGCAGAUCUCCUCAUCAACCCACUAGACCCGCGCAACGCUGAGUUCAUCCGAGUCAAAAUCGCUGAUCUUGGAAAUGCCUGCUGGGUGCACAAGCACUUUACAGAGGACAUCCAGACGAGACAGUACCGUUCCAUUGAAGUCCUGAUAGGAGCUGGUUACAGCACCCCUGCAGACAUCUGGAGCACUGCCUGCAUGGCUUUUGAGCUGGCUACUGGAGAUUACUUGUUUGAGCCCCACUCUGGAGAGGACUACUCCCGUGAUGAGGACCACAUAGCCCACAUCAUAGAGCUGCUGGGCUGUAUUCCGAGGCACUUUGCGCUCUCUGGAAAAUAUUCCCGGGAGUUCUUCAACCGAAGAGACCACAUCGCUCUGAUCAUGGAGCUCCUUGGGAAGGUCCCACGCAAAGUGGUCGCUGCCGGGAAGUACAGCCGAGAGUUUUUCUCCAAGAAAGGUGAGCUGCGGCACAUCACCAAGCUGAAGCCGUGGUCCCUGUUUGACGUGCUGGUGGAGAAGUAUGGCUGGGCGCACGAAGACGCCGGCCACUUCACCCACUUCCUUCUGCCCAUGCUGGAGAUGGUGCCUGAGAAGAGGGCCUCGGCCGGCGAAUGCCUCAACCACCCCUGGAUCAACUCGUAGCCACAAUCGCUGAUCGGAAGCCCUCCUCCCCUCGUCCCCCAACAGUUAGCCCAAACAUCCCCCCCUGUGGCAGCAUGUGGAACAACACCAUGGAGAGAAGCUGGAGACAAACUGAGUUGGAGCAGAUGAGAAAGACUUAAUCUUUCCCGCCCUAACCCACACAUCCAUUACAUGCUUAUCUGAGUAGGCUUCAGUCCCGCACAAGCACCUCAUCUUUUCCCAGAUGGAAUGUAAAGACAAGGUAAUGGAGAUAACAUGACAUAGUAGCUGUGUCUUCCAAGACAUCUCCCAAAAAGAAUCAGAUAGUUGGAAGAUGGAUGCUGCUCACGCCGUAAAUGGGAAAAGUCACGCUCUGCCUGAAACAGAUGUGCUUUCUUCUUCUCUUCUGCCGUCAAGAUGUCAGCCGGUCUCUUCCAUCUAAUCUCCUUCUGAUUCUCAGUUUGAACUUGUUUGGAUCCAGUCAUGGGCCACUGACAGCUGCUGAUCUCCUCAAUGACGUGAAAGAAAAGUCAACAGGAAGCCCCAUCGCAGUGCCGACGGCCCAGAGCUCCAUCUGCCAUGACCUUUACAUAGCCAGGGCCUCAAAGACAGACGAGUGUGUGUGUGUGUUGUUGUGGGUGAGAAUGAGCCCAUGUGCCUGUGCUCAAGAUCCGCCUGCACAGACCCCUCCCCUCUCUUUCCAGCCCAGUUGCCCCACCUUCCCUCCCUUCACCCUGCCUUGGAAGAAGCACCCACAUCAGACUAAAAGUUUACACCCUGAUUUCUUCCACCAAUCCAAUCCCAAAAAGCCUGUCUUACCUUUUAUUGUGAGACAAACAGGUAAGACGGCCCCCCAGAUGAGCUGCGUGCUCCUACCGGGGGCCACCUCAGAGAACUGGAGGGCAGCCAGUCCUCCAGGGGGCACCACACUGACAGUUGCCACUCUGACAGAGAUAGAAAAAGUGCGGGAUGAGCAAAAAAACAAAACAAAAAUACAAUCAAUUUAACACGGAGGAGGACUGCUUGGUCUUUAAAGACUGUUUUUAAAAUGCAUGGAGGGACUGAUGGAUCAGCAUGAACGGACAUGACAAACGGACGAUUGAUGCGUUCUUUUAUUUGUGCAUUUCUCUGGUUUCUUUCCUGUUUCAUCACCUUACUUGGACAUUCUGUUAAAAAGAAUUAUGUUAGGAAAUUUUGGUGCCCCUCUGAGGAAAAUAACUACAUUACAACCCCUUCUUCUCUAGCUUUUGACAUUCCUAAAUCUUGGUCCAUCAUUCCUGACUUUGAUUCCCAAGAACAAUUCUGUUGAGUCCUGCUGUGGCACGUUUACCUGAUCUGAUUGGUACUAUUCCCUUUUUUUCCCCUAUAGAGGAACCUUUUGAUCCCUGAGCUUCUCCAGAAAGGGGAUGGUCAAAUGGAGGUUGCACUUGUCUUUGUAGAUGUCCUUCAGGGAUUUGAAAUCUUUGUACAUAGAACUGAGAUGUUGCAACGCAGAUGAGCGACCGUGGACAAAGUUUCAACACACAAGCAUCAUUCCAAAAAGUUGUUGGCAUAUCUUGACUUCCUCUGAUUCAGUGCGGGAGUUUGGGCCGCCAUAGCUCCGGCCCUGGAGGAAUGUUCAGACUGAACUGUGCCACCUGGUGGCUGAACGAGAGUACUGCAUCACCACACACUGCUGCUGCUCUCAGUGCCAACGCUCCAAGACGUUCCACUAUAUCUCUCCACUUAAUCUCUAUUUCUCUGUCACACACACACACACAGACACACAGACACACACACAGAAAAAACUCGCAUCAUCACAAUUAGUCCAGUUGCCUAUUUUUCGCAAUAAAUGAAAAAAGAUGAGUAUAAGUAAAUGGUGAGAUAUUUUUAAAAACUAUUUAAUUCAUUAAAAAAAAAGAGGAAAAAAAAAAGAAAACAACUUUUCUCUGGUUGUUGUGACCGUGACAGAAUCUCGUCUUAUAAUGAGGUGAUUGUGUUUGUCUAUUAGAGAUGUUUUUAUUUCUUUUGUCAUUAUUAAUUAUUAAUUAUUAUUAUUGAAAGUUUUUUUACACAGUUGUCACCUCUCCCCUCCCUCCUUACUUGAACAGUGCUGCUCUGUCUGGGCUCUUGAUGGUGAUUAAAAAAGAAAAAAGAAAAUCAACAGUUUUGCAAUAAAAGGGUACGUGAUGAGUUUUUUUGCACCAAAACCUCCUGAUCUCACUCUUUCAGCCAUGCUGACUGUUCUUCCUGAUGACAUUGACAGAAUCGCGUCUCUUGUCUGUGUUUUUCAUCGACAGAUUUAAUAAAAUUGUAAAUUAAUGGAUCCCGUGCCCCUGAUGUAGUGAAUUGUCUGCUUUGAAGCUGCGUCAGUCACCCUCACUAAAAGGGUCAGAAGACUUACGACUGGUCACGACAGGCAAGAAAGGAAUGACAAAGAUCAGUUAGCAUAGAUUCCCUUUUAUUGAUAUGUAUCAUCCAUACAAGUGUUGCCACUGUUAUAAUGGGACGUUAAAAGACAUGGGUCAGUUGUAAGUACAAUUAGGCUUCUAUACAGACAAAUAUAACAGCACAUUGUGAUUCACACCAAAGCAAAUAUGUCCAUUAGACAACAUUAUCUAAGAUGCAAGAAAAGAUGGAGUAAUAAAAGACAUCCUGAGAUCAAUAUUAGUCAUUAAAAAGUAAAAAAUAUGCUUUUAAGUAUCAAUUAGGGAUUUUCUUUUCUAUCAUAAAUCACUACAAAUGGUCUCUGAUGCCAUCUGUGUGUGUCUGCCAAUGCGUCUGACUCCAUCAGCACUCAAUAAACAAGUGGUGCCUCAUGUAAAACGCAUAU